ACAAGAGGAUUAGAAGUUAACGGCUCUCUCUUUGUUUCCAUGGCAGCAAUGAGCGCAGUGGCAAUGGUAAUGGCUUCACCCUCCCCCCACCUGCUUAUCCACUCUCCACAUAGUAGUGUCAGGGCUAUCUCCAAGAAUAUCUUGUGCAGCCAUUCUGCAAUUUAUCCCGCAACAGCGGUUACAUAUCAGGGGUUACUGAAUCACUGUAUCUUCUCACGAGGAUGCCUAAAAUCUUUGGUCAAGCCAGUAUUUGCUGCUGGUUCAGGCCUAGAGGCAUCUGUUGCUGAUGAUGAGGCUUUGAUAAGCGUUAAAAAUGCCAAGAUAGCCGUGGAAUCCCAAGAUGCUGAAAAGAUACAUGUCAGAGUAGAUGUGGAUAAGGAGGACACAAGAAUAGUUUUUGAGAAAGUUUUGGCAAAUUUAGCACGUUCUGCACCACCUGUUCCAGGCUUCCGCAGGGAAAAAGGAGGGAAAACAUCUAAGGUUCCUAGGGACUUUCUACUGCAGAUACUUGGUGAAGAUCGAGUUACCAAUUUUGUAAUCCGGGAAAUUGUUACCUCAACCCUCGCUGAUUAUGUGAAGAAGGAGAACUUGUCAGUGAAGGAUAACAAGAUUAGCACCACCCAAACUGCCGAUGAACUCAAAUCAUCGUUUACUAUUGGAGCUGAAUUCGGAUUCAAUGCCACCUUAGAGCUUGAAGAUGCAAAAACUGAAGCCACCACAUAAACUGACAGAAGAUGUGACACUUGUUUUGCGUAAACGUCAAUCUCAUUAUCUAAUCUGUUAGAAUCAGUAAUUCUUGAGGCCAGUAGAUUGAAGAUCUUCAAAGAGCUACUCCUAUUAAUUUGUAAAACGUGAGAAGUUAUCAUAAUUGUCACGAGCAAAGAUAAAUGCGAAAGGCUUUUUUGUAAUGCUACUAGUACUUGCUCUGUUA